AUGACUUCUCGUUUUACAGAGACGGGAAGGCAGCGAAGAAUGUGCUUGUUAAGCAAGCGAAGAGAGAGAUAUUCUGACUAUCAGGAGAGGAUUUCGCAAAGCAGAGGAGAGCAAAGUAUAUUCCGGUGCUACAGUUUCGGUUCGUUAAUCGGAGCAGACUUGGGUGGAGGCAAUGGCCAAAAGGCGAAGAUGGCGCGUGAAAAGAACCUGGAGAUGUCCAAAGCUUCGAAAGGAAGUCAGAUAGAAACGCACAAGAAAGCGAUGUCGAUCCAGUGCAAGGUGUUCAUGCAGACCUUCACAUGCACUACUACAGAGGUGAAAUGCAAGGAGCAUGCUGAGGUGAAGCACCCUAAAUCUGACGUUUAUGCUUGUUUCCCUAAAUUAGUACAAGGAGCAUGCUGAGGUGAAGCACCCUAAAUCUGACAUUUAAGCUUGUUUCCCUCAUCUUAAAAAGUGAAUGGAAUCAAGGAAAAUUAUAAAUUUAGACGUAGUUGGGGGACAUUGUCACCUUACGUAAAUUUUUCUAGGGUGUAGGAAAGAGAAAUUCCCAGUCAAGGUCAAUUUAUUUUUUUAGAUUCCCUCUCCUAUUAUUGCAUGUGGUCAGAUCUAGGCUGGUCUCAAGCCAUUGAUGUGGUACGUCAGGAAUGUUGUUCUUGGUGACCCAGGGGAUUUGUUUUCCUUGUUUUAUGUGAUAAAUGUAGGUUUUCUUGCUUUACUAAACAAUCAUACUUUCUUGUAGCACAUUUUUUUUUUUUUUUGGAAUGAACUUUGGCUUGUUGAA